ACAACCCGCUGCGAGAUUCUCUAGAUGCCUCCGAUUCCAUAAUAAUUGCGAUGAACACUGCUCUGCCGCUCAAUUUCUCCAGCUGUCUUUCUCCAACCGUUCCGAAGCUCCUACACCGUAGCCCGACAUGUCUCUUACGCUCAAGGUCACGUCCCUGUUCGUGAGGACAUUAGCAAAACCAAUGGCUAACACCAUCAAACGCAACGCCCACGAACACGAGCGAUUCCGAAAGAUAUGCGUUAGGUUCGCCCAAGGAUUACAUCGCAUUGACAUGCACAUGCGCCUCGGUCUUUUGCAGGACCCCGCGGUCAUCGAUCGGCAGAUUAAAAAAGAGGUUGCGCUAGCGGAGGCUGCGCGAAAGAAGGCUGCGACACCUACAGUCAUGACCGAAGAAGAGAUGAAGGCAGACGAAGCGUUAACGGAGAAAGAAAGAGAGGCAAUAAAGAAGAAGGCGGAAGAAAGGACCAAGCCGCGUAUAAGACCUCUAUCGGAGCAGAAAGCGAUCGAGAUGGGAGCGAAUUUCGCUGCGGAGACGUUCAUUUUUAUGGUCGGCAUAGGGGUGAUCGUCUUCGAGCAGUGGCGGCAAAGAAGGAAAGCCAGAAACGCGAGAGAUGAUAUUCGGGAAGACUUGGAGGAGAUGCAGAGUGAGCUAAAGGCUGUCAAGGCGGAACUUGAGGAAUUUAAGGCAAAGCACCCUGAGCCUGCCCCGUCUUCACUACUUGGAUUUUGGAAAGGCAGCGGAAAGACCUCUGAUGGGAAGAAACCGGAAGAAAAGAGACCCGAAGAGAAGCAACGAGUUACCGAAGCCCCACCCUCGAUACCGCUGUCACCGCGAGCUACAGAUCCCGUGUCCGAGCAGCAACCGACUGAUGAUGACAAGUCUAGGAAGGCUUCGACUGCCUAGCAUGACCUCGUUGGCCCCAAUCACAUACGUAUGAACGCUUAUGUGGUCAUACAUCUGUCUAUUUUAGGACCCUCUUCAGGUCCGCCACACCGUUUCGCGAUGGCUACCAGGUCAAUCACACCAAAAGUCUGCUAUACAACUUCUCCUCUCAUGAUACCCAGUUCAAGCUUGGCUCACUAUCAAGACUCCACUCAUUACCUUUCGCAACGCUGCAUGUAUAAUAGCUGUGCCAUAUU